UUCUCUCCCGGAUCGCCGGUGCCUUGCGCGCGCAACUUGCUCCUCAUCGCUCCCACAGAUCUCGACUCUUGCCUCGCUCCCGCACGCAGUUUCCACCACUUGCCCGCCAUCAUGAGCUUCAAAGGCUUCCAAAAGAGCCUUGUUAGGGCACCGCAACAAUUCAAAUCAAAGUUCAACAUCGGCGAGCACACCAAGGACGCCGUAUACAUCGACGCCGAGCGACGCUUCCAGGAGCUGGAAAAGGAGACCAAGAAGCUCCACGAUGAGUCCAAGAAAUACUUCGAGGCCAUCAAUGGCAUGCUCCAGCACCAGAUCGACUUCAGCAAAGCAAUGACGGAGAUCUACAAGCCCAUCUCGGGCCGCGUGUCCGAUCCCGACUCCAUAAAGCCCGAGGGGAACCCGGAAGGCAUCCGUGCCUGCGAAGAGUACGAGGCCGUUGUCCAGGAGCUGCAGGAGACCCUCGCGCCCGAGCUGGAGACGAUCGAGACCAGGGUUAUUCGCCCGGCCAACGAGCUGCUCGACGUCAUCAAGGUCAUCCGGAAGACGGCAGUCAAGCGAGACCACAAGCAGCUCGACUACGACCGGCAUCGCACCACUCUCAAGAAGCUGCAGGACAAGAAGGACCGCUCCGCCAAGGACGAAAAGGCAAUGUGGAAGGCCGAGGGCGACUGCGAGCAGGCCACGCAGGAUUUUGAAUACUACAACAACCUACUGAAGGAGGAGCUCCCCAAGCUCUUCCAGCUGGAGCAGGAGUUCAUCAAGCCGCUCUUCCAGUCCUUCUACUACAUGCAGCUCAACAUCUUCUACACAUUACACGAGCGGAUGCAGCGGUGCGAUAUCGGAUACUUUGACCUGACCAAGGACAUUGAGGAGGCCUUUAUCGAGAAGCGGGGCGACAUCCAGGAGCGCGCCGAGGCUCUCUCCAUUGUGCGGUUCAAGACCACCGGACAGCGGCGGCCACCCCCCAAGGCCCUCGGUCGCCCUGCCCUCGAAUCCAGCAAGCCCCAGGGACUGCUCACCGCGGGCUCCGCGACAUCAGAGAAGACGAGCCCCAAGCUCGGCAGCUUCCAGACGGAGCAGCACGCAGACACGGGCGAAGCGUCCGCGCCCCCGCCGUACAGCGCUGCGACGAAACCCGGCGCCGGCGCCCUCUCGACGCUGGUCGCCGGCAAGGCCAAGCCCCCGCCGCCGCCGAAGCCGAAGCCGAGCCGCCUGAGCGGCGCUCCGCCGCCCGAGACGGUGACGGCACUGUACGACUACGCGGCGCAGGCAGAGGGCGACUUGAGUUUCCGGGCGGGAGACGUCAUUGAGAUUAUACAGAGGACGCAGAACGAGAAUGAGUGGUGGACGGGCAAGGUGAAUGGGAAGACGGGACAGUUUCCAGGAAACUAUGUCAAGUUGAAUUAGACCACGAAACGACAUGGCGAGUUGGCAACGGGAGUUCAAGGCAACAUGAUGCCGUAACACCACGCAUCAUCGGAUCGAAGAAAGGCAAGGAGUGUCAGAAAGGUGCAAAUGUAAGACGACGGGCGAAGAGGAAGAUAGUCGCAGAAAGGAGAAGGAUAAGGAGCAAGGACAAGAACAAGGAGAAAGGAGAAAGGAGUUUGGCCUACGGUUCUCUUCCCUAUCCUUUAUAUUUCCUUUUCUUUUUGUCUUCCUCCCUCCAACUUUUUACUCACCUUAGAGCAUGCCGGGGGAAAUUACAUCAAUCAAUCAAUCACCAACAGGUUACUAGCCCUUUUAUGUGUAC